GGGGUGUCUCUACUCCUAAGGGAGGUUCUCAACUCCUGAGAGAGAUUCUCUAUUCCUAAGGGAGGUUCUCUACUCCUAAGACGAGUUCUCUACUCCUAAGGGGGUUCUCUACUCCUAAGGGAGGUUCUCUACUCGUAAGGGAGGUUCUCUACACCAACUAAACGUUUCUACACGGUUUGGAUUUUCUAAAAAAAAAAAUAAUAAAAAAAAAAAUUAUAAAAAAGAAUUGAAGAAUUUCUGUUGGGGGAGUGGUGGUGACUAAUAUGACCAUGUGGUUGAAUAGCAAAGUUUCUGUACAAAACCUGAUGAACAGACCAGUUUAAUACACUUUUUAGGAGAACUGUAAGACUUUUCAUGUUCUGUUUAGCUUAUGAUCAUGGCAAUAAUCAUUCUGAUAACCGAUAUCAUUUCUUUCAAGAAGAAUAAUUCGUUUUUAGCUAGUAAAUUUUAAAAUAAUUAAAACAUGAAAUUAUUAGUACUCAAAUGCUUCCUUAUAAGCCUUACACAUACAAGAAGGCAGUCGUCUUUCUUGUAUAAUGUGUGUCAUCAAAGUAUUUUUGACGUUUACUUGGUCAGCAUACCUGUAAGCUUAACUACUCAUACCUUUAAAUGAAUUUCCAUUUCUAUUUUUACCAAUUUGCGUCACCACAAGGAUCGACUGGCCGUCGUUACCAAAUAACAACAAACACACUCGUGGUUUUACCCCCAAGAACUUUAAAGACAGAAAUCAAUAAACGAACUCGCAAUGGCGACGGGUAGAGAUGAUGCUCGGGAGAAAAAAUGUGCGGUAGUGGCGUGUGAUAAAUGUCUAAUCAGCCAGACAGACGGACGGGUGGAUGUCAGGGCCUUCAUCGUACCCAAAGGGAAACGCUCAGGUUUCCACGUGAACUGGGACGAUAACGGAUUUGCGACUUUUCACGAAGACUGCUGGUUUGAUUUAAAAAGCUCGUAUAAAUCCCAGGAAUCGAACCUAACCAAGGAGGAAAAAGAAAUGGUGAAGGAGGCGAUCAAAACGGCGGAAAUCCACAACUCUUACGACAAAGUCCAGCGAGAGGCAGAGCACAUAGCUAACCUGAUCAAGAACUCCAAAUACUGCAUAGCGAUCACGGGAGCGGGUAUUUCCACCGCAGCAGGAAUCGGAGAUUACCGAGGAAUUCGGGGGAAAUGGACUGAGAGGGAUAAAGAUAAGAAGCAAGAGACCAAAGGGAAAUCCAAGCAGGUUACACUCAACUUUCAAAGGCUCCGACCAACUUACACCCACGAAGCGAUAGUAAAACUAAUGGAUAACGGAGAUUUGAAGCACGUGAUCAGUCAAAAUGUUGAUGGGCUGCACCGUCUCUCUGGGCUUGAGGAAGGUCAAAUCUCAGAACUGCAUGGCAACACAUUUAUAGAGAAAUGUGAAAAGUGUAAGAAAAGAUACAUGAGAAAUUUCGGUUGUGGGGGUAAAGCUACCAAUGUUCCUGUGAUCAUGUGUAAGCAAUGCCGGAUAAAUCAUCGAACUGGGCGUGUCUGUAACGAUAAGCGGUGCAUUAUGGUUUUUUUUCUUCAGAAAUGUAGAGGCUAUCUGAUGAACACAAUCAUCAACUUUGGAGAUUAUUUGGAGGAAGAUGUACUACGAAAUGCAAUACACCACGCCGGACAGGCGGAUCUCGUCAUAGCUCUUGGAUCCACCCUUCAAGUCUACCCAGCGAACUGUCUGGUGGAAAUGGGAAAAAGACCAACCCGCCUGGUUAUUUGUAACAGACAAAGCACCUCCUUUGACGCCGUUUGUUGUAAGAUGGAGGAGGAUGAAAGGUCUAUGCUAGGUUCCCGCGUGUUUGGCAACUGUGAUAAAUUGAUGUCACAUAUUAUGAGACAUAUGCUUUCGGAAGAGGAACUGCAAGAUUGGGAAGCAAGGCGUGAAGAGAGACUAGUCACUUACGAUUUGAAUCGCAAAUUGUAGAUUUCUAACAUGUACAUGUCUUAAAUUUCCACGUCAUUUGAUGAGGACCGAUGAGAUCUUGUUGAACGAUAUGCAUGUUUUUGUUUGUUUGCUUUUUUUGCUCACUGACCAGAACCUUUGACUCACUAAGUGUAGUGAAAAAUGAGACAAUGUCCUACUGUUAUUAGGGACCUUUGGAUUUUAGAAAAUUGCACUUGUAUAAGAUAUCUUCAGAUAUCGUAUUUGUGUCUCGGUUAUCUUGUCAGAAAUUUUUAAAUAAAAAUUAUAUAUAGAGAUGUAAAAUACAGUUAUAGAAUAUGUAUGAGGAAAAUAGCACCCCCCCCCCCCCCCGUAACAAAAUAGUUAUUUCUUGAGACGGCGAGUAUUUGUAUUGGUUAAAAAUAUCGCGAUAGACUCGGGAAUUGUGCAAGGGAUGAGCACUGAUUUUGCAGAGUGGUGAAUAUAGUGCAUUUUCAGGGAAAUGGACAGUAACUUUUAUAUAGAGAAAAUCAGUUGAGGUACAUACAUGUACAAGUUAUGCAAAAGAGGCGAAAAUUUGCCACACAACAUGUGAAUGUCCUAAAUACUCAGUGUACAAUGUUUUCAGUAUAAUGGUAAUUGUUGAUUUUGAUAUUAAAAUUAUAUGAAAGACAUA